AUGACCCCCGAAGCUGUCAACGUGCCUCCGAUGUUUACUCCACCACCCACGAGCCGCCAUAUCAAGACCUGGACCUUUGCAGCUCUCCAUUUGAAAUGUCAUAAUCGGCACUAUUGCGCAGGACUCCACGGCGGUCGGUUAGUGGGCGCGGGAUAUUCUGGUGCCGUAGAACCCUCUUCUAUUGGACGAGGGAAGUAUGAGGGCGGCAGUCCCGAUGAGCGUAACCGCGGGGAGGAGCAGUUCGGUGCGAAGGAUGGGUUGCCGAUUGGGAUGAUGUUGGAUGCUCGGACCGAAUUGACGGGGGUUGCUUAG